AUGUCGAACAGUCGUCAGCUUAGCGAGAGCAGGGCCAUCCCGACCAGGACGGUGUUGAUCAACGACACAACGCAGCUACCUCAUGACUAUUGUACCACCCCUGGAGGCACUUUAUUCUCUACGACUCCCAGAGGAACGCGGAUCAUCUACGAGCGCAAAUUUUUGCUGGACAUGCGCAAUUCUCCCAUAGCCCAGACACCGCCUGCUCACCUGCCUGUCAUCCCUGGCGUGACGAGUCAGAACACAAUCAAUGAGAACCAGAAAAAUGAGGCCAACAAUCAUGUCAACAACCACGAUGGAAAGCCUAUGACCGGUGAUGACGCUCAGUUUGAAAUGGACAUCUGA